AUGGAGAGAUUCCCAACAAACCCCACUUCCGCCAAUCACUUCCUGACAAACCCUACAAUCUGUGCGGACCCGCCUCCCCCAAUCUCCAUUUAUUCCCCUCUUUACCACCCUAUACAACACCAAGCCACCCAAACUCUCAAUAACGACUUCCUUUUUCAAAAGAAAAGAGAAAAAAAUAUGGAGGAUUCUUCGGAGGACUGGCGCCGCACCAGCGGCGGACACCGCCGCAUAAUCUUCGGGAAAUACGAGAUGGGGAGGAUGCUGGGACAAGGAACGUUUGCAAAGGUAUACUACGCCAGGGACUCCGUCACGGCGGAGAGUGUCGCCGUUAAAGUCAUCAAGACGGAGCAGGUAAGAAAAGAAGGUUUCAUGGAGCAAAUCACCCGUGAAAUCGCCGUCAUGCGGCUCGUCCGGCACCCUAACGUCGUUCAAUUGAAGGAAGUCAUGGCUACCAAAACCAAGAUCUUUCUGGUAAUGGAGUACGUCAAAGGCGGCGAAUUAUUUGCCAAAAUUGAAAAGGGACGAUUGAAAGAAGAUUUAGCAAGAAAAUAUUUUCAGCAAUUAGUCAGCGCCAUCGACUACUGCCAUAGCCGCGGUGUCUCCCACCGUGACCUGAAGCCGGAAAAUCUCCUACUCGACGAGAAUGAAAAUCUUAAAGUUUCCGAUUUCGGGUUGUCUGCAUUGCCGGAGCAGCUUAGAAACGACGGAAUGCUUCACACACAGUGUGGUACCCCGGCUUACGUUGCGCCGGAAGUUCUUCGGAGAAAAGGUUACGACGGCGCUAAGGCGGAUAUCUGGUCGUGUGGGAUAUUCAAAGCAGAGUAUGAAUUUCCACCGUGGUUCUCAGCCGGUUCACGGCAGUUGAUUUCGAAACUACUGGUGGUCGACCCAUCGCAGCGAGUCACAGUUCCGGAGAUCAUGCAUGUUCCAUGGUUCUCGAAAGUAUCCAGAACCAAUCACAGUUCCCAUGAUAAACUAGCAAGUCUUAUUAUUGCUCCGAUUCCUAUUGACGAACCAGAGAAGGAUGAAACGACAGGUGAAUCGGAAAAGUCCAUGAAAAGGUCAAAGUCAAACUCAUCGCCGCGAUUCUACAAUGCUUUCGAGUUCAUCUCCUCCAUGUCCUCUGGUUUCGACUUAUCCGGCAUGUUUGAGACUCAUCGGAAAUCGGGGUCGUUAUUUACAUCAAAAUUCCGUGCUUCGACAGUCAUAGACAAGCUUGAAUCAGUAGCUAAGAAAUUGAAUUUCAAGAUUUCGUUUUCGAAACAGAACGAGUACAAGUUGAAGAUGCAGGGGAUAUCGGAGGGACGAAAAGGGAACCUGUCUGUGACGGUGGAAGUUUUUGAGGUGGCACCGGAGGUGGCGGUGGUGGAAUUUUCAAAGGAAUCCGGGGACACACUUGAGUACAAAAAGUUCGAAGAGAACGUUAGACCAGGCCUACAAGACAUUGUAUGGAGCUGGCAAGGUGAGGAUAGUAACGGUUAACUACCAAAAACAAGGAAAAUAUUUAGAAAGUCAUAGUAGGGUUACACUUCAAGUAUAACACUAUGUACUACUAAAUUUGUAUAAAUGCUUUGACUUUGAUAGAUCCGUG